AUGUAUGCGGCUCAUGUUCUGCUACUCAGCAGUCUCCUUGCCUCGGCCAGUGCGCAAAACUACACUGAGCGGUAUCGCCCUCAAUUCCACUGGACACCUGCCAAGAACUGGAUGAAUGAUCCCAAUGGCUUGAUUUACCACAAUGGCCAAUACCAUAUGUACUAUCAAUACAACCCGACCGGCGAUGUUUGGGGAAACAUGUCCUGGGGUCAUGCAGUCAGCCAAGAUAUGAUUUAUUGGGAAGAACAACCACUCGCUCUCAGUGCGUUCAAUACCCCAGCUGGGGUGCUGGGUGAAUUCUUCUUCUCCGGCAGUGCAGUUUAUGAUGAGUUUCAUUCUUCUCACCUAGGAGACAGCCCUCCACUCGUCGCGGCGUAUACGUCGUACUAUCCGAACAACGUCACAUUGCCCAACAAUCAAACAAUCCGUGGAGGCACGCAGUGUCAAUCAAUCGCCUACAGCAAUGAUGAUGGACUCUCGUGGAUAGAGUACGAGGGCAACCCGGUCCUCGCCCUGCCCCCCAGCCCAUAUGAAGAUCAAUGGAAAGAUUUUCGGGACCCCUACCUUUUUUGGUACGGAAAGGGUGCUUAUUGGGUGAUGGUGGUGUCGCUUCCCCAGCUUCACAAGAUACUCAUAUAUCACUCUACAGAUCUCAAACAAUGGGAGCAUGUGAGCGAAUUCGGACCUUCAAAUGCCGUUGGUGGGGUUUGGGAGUGUCCAAACCUGUUUCCCCUUCCACUCAAGGGAAAUAUACACGACAUCAAAUGGGUUCUUAUGGCUGGCAUCAAUCCCGGAGGUCCAGCUUUUUCAGGGGCAUCAGGAACUCAAUACAUCGUCGGAAAUUUUGACGGCACUUUCUUCAAGGCAGAUCCAGAUAGUGACUAUGACCCAGGUUCCGGGAACGCGAACUGGGUAGACUAUGGGCCUGACUAUUACGCCUCACUGACAUACAAUGGUCUUGCGAAUUAUGAGCGUGUGGCAAUUACUUGGAUGAGCGACUGGGCUUAUGGUGCAACUAUACCAACAUCGCCAUGGCGAAGCGCAAUGACUGUCCCUCGUGAGCUCACCCUUGAGAAAAUUGAAGGUCAAACGCGUCUGAUUUCAAUACCCCAUUCCAAUUUGCAAAAGCUCAAGAACGGACCCUUGUUGUAUGCCAAUCACUGGGAUUCAGCCACAGGUAACAUUUCGCUCCCAGUAUCUGGCAAACAACUGGAAGUUAGUAUCAGUUUUCGAGCUGGCAAGAACGCGAAACGCUUCAGUCUAGGUGUCCGUACUGGUGGGAAGACCUCUGGCACUCUGAUUGGAUAUGACUUUACCACGCAACGAAUGUUUGUUGAUCGCAGUUCUACAACCGAUGAUUCGUCCUUCAGCGACGACUACAAAGGCAUUUACUACGGACCACUACAGACACAGGAUGGAGUAGUCAAGCUGCGCGUUUUUCUUGACUGGUCGUCCGUCGAAUUAUUUGGUGGACGCGGGGAGUCCACUAUCACAGCGCAGAUUUUCCCGUCCGGCUCAGAUACCGGACUUUCACUAUUUGCAAACGGUGAGGUGAUAGAUAUCAACUUGAAAGUCGAAGCGCUAGCAUCUAUAUGGACUCGAUAG